GCAAGCACAAGCAGCAACAAGCGUCAUUUCAUAACCACUAGAAUAAUAGAGAUUAGAGAGAGACAGAGCAACCACCGUUUCGGAUUUUAGAUUUUUAUAAGCAAAUACUUACAUGAUAACAUAUAGACUAUAGAGAGGGACAGAGACAGGAGAAGAAACGGGCAGCAGCAGCAGCAGCUACCCCCAGCACUUGAAUUGGGUAAACGAAACGGGCAGCAGCAGCAGCAGCUACCCCCAGCACUUGAAUUGGGUAAACGAAACGGGCAGCAGCAGCAGCAGCUACCCCCAGCACUUGAAUUGGUAAGUUGUUGAAGCUCAAUCAAUCAAUCAUCUCUUCUUCUUCUUCUUCUUCUUCUUCUUCAGUUGGAUCUGCCGGUUUCAAACACCGAAUGAAUGGAUGAUAAUUGAUCUACUUGCAUACAUGGAUAGAUAGGUAGAUACAUGUCUUUUUUUUUAUGAUAGAAAUAUACAAAUAUUAAUUUGUUUUUGUGGCAGAAAUUAAAGUAAAAAUAAAAAUCAAAUGGCCAACAUAGACAUAGAAGGACUCCUAAAGGAGCACCUGGAUGAUGAAGAGGGGCGUGUCCCCAAGACUAAGAUCGUUUGCACUCUGGGACCUGCUUCUCGAUCCGUCCCCAUGCUCGAGAAGCUUCUCAGAGCUGGCAUGAACGUUGCUCGCUUCAAUUUCUCCCAUGGCACCCACGAGUACCACCAGGAGACCUUGAACAAUCUCAGGAUUGCUAUGCAAAACACCAACAUCCUCUCUGCUGUCAUGCUCGAUACCAAGGGACCUGAGAUUCGUACCGGUUUCCUGAAAGAUGGAAAACCUAUUCAGCUGAAGGAAGGUCAGGAAAUCACCAUCACUACUGAUUACAGCAUCAAGGGUGACACAGACACGAUCUCCAUGAGCUACAAAAAACUGCCUGUGGAUGUCAAGCCUGGGAAUACCAUAUUGUGUGCAGAUGGCACCAUCACCCUCACUGUCUUAUCUUGUGAUCCCCAGGCUGGAACUGUCAGGUGCCGUUGUGAGAACACUGCAGUGCUUGGCGAGAGAAAAAAUGUUAAUCUUCCUGGCGUUGUUGUGGAUCUUCCCACACUGACAGAGAAGGAUGAGGAAGACAUUUUGGAAUGGGGUGUUCCCAACAACAUUGAUAUGAUUGCCCUUUCUUUUGUACGCAAGGGUUCCGACCUUGUUCAUGUGCGCAAGGUUCUUGGGCCCCAUGCCAAGCACAUACAGUUAAUGUCAAAGGUUGAGAACCAGGAGGGAGUAAUUAACUUCGAUGAGAUCUUGCGUGAGACUGACUCUUUCAUGGUUGCUCGUGGUGAUCUUGGAAUGGAGAUUCCAGUUGAGAAGAUUUUCCUAGCACAAAAGAUGAUGAUAUACAAGUGCAAUCUUGUUGGCAAGCCUGUUGUAACUGCUACUCAGAUGCUCGAGUCUAUGAUCAAGUCUCCUAGGCCAACCCGUGCGGAAGCAACUGAUGUUGCUAAUGCUGUCCUCGAUGGCACUGACUGUGUUAUGCUCAGCGGAGAGAGUGCAGCCGGGGCCUAUCCAGAGCUUGCAGUCAAGAUAAUGCGUCGAAUUUGUAUUGAAGCGGAAUCCUCCCUUGACUAUGGUGCCAUCUUCAAGGAUAUGAUAAGAUCAAUUCCACUUCCUAUGAGCCCAUUGGAGAGUCUCGCAUCCUCGGCUGUACGUACUGCUAACAAGGCCAAAGCAAAGCUCAUUGUGGUGUUGACACGUGGCGGGACCACAGCCAAAUUGGUUGCCAAGUACCGGCCAGCUGUCCCAAUCCUUUCCGUGGUUGUUCCCGUACUGACUACUGAUUCAUUUGACUGGGCAUGUAGUGAUGAGACCCCUGCAAGGCAUAGUCUGAUAUAUAGGGGCUUGAUUCCCCUUUUGGCAGAAGGAUCAGCCAAGGCCACAGAUGCAGAAUCUACAGAGGUGAUUUUGGAAGCUGCUCUCAAGUCAGCAACAGCGAGGGGGUUGUGCAAGCCUGGUGAUGCGGUUGUUGCACUUCAUCGCAUUGGAGCUGCCUCUGUUAUUAAAAUAUGCAUAGUGAAAUGAGCAGGUGUGUGCAACAAAGUGCCUUAGACAUGGCCAGACAUAGUAUCUCUUAUGCUCAUGCUUCGUGUGAACGGUUAUUGGAGAAUUGGAUUAUUUCCUUUUAUCUUGCCUGAGUCAUGUUAGGCGGUACUCUUAUCUCCGUUUAGAUUAGGUUGGUAUAGCAUAUAUAAAAUAAGAAGCAGAGCCCUUCAACUUUCUUAUAAA